GGUAGUGCGCUCUGCACUCUGAGGCGCAUAUUAGCAAACUUUCCUGAGAGAAAAUACGAUUCUCUCUGUAGCUAGUUUUCUCUUCAGUUAUUAUAUCAGAAGAAAAAAACCGCCUGAAAUUUCUAAGUCCCGAAACUCCGAAUUUCAUCUCCGGAAGAUAAAAAGAGUAAUUGGGCUUAGUUUUAUUCUAAAUUACGAAAAGACCAUCUUGGAUUUUCUCUUGUUAUUUAUCAAUAUAAUGUCGAAUGGCAAUGGCUUUUCUGGGGUUUCAAAUUGUUAUGUAUUCAAAAGUCGAUUACAAGAAUAUGCGCAGAAAGCAGGAAUUGCUACUCCCGUUUAUGAAACGGUGAAGGAGGGCCCUUCCCACGAACCUAAUUUCAGGUCCACGGUGACUGUAAAUAAUGUGAGAUAUGAUUCUCUACCUGGGUUUUUCAAUCGUAAAGCGGCGGAGCAGUCAGCAGCUGAAAUCGCUCUUGUGGAAUUACUUAAAUCAGGCAACAUGACAGAGUGCAUACCUCAUCCAGUUCACGAGACGGGGUUGUGCAAAAACCUACUCCAGGAGUAUGCACAGAAGAUGAAUUAUGCAAUUCCUUCUUAUAUAUGCAACAAGCAGGCCGUGCCAGGCAAGCAACCGUACUCAUGCACUGUUGAGAUUGGGGGAAUUCAGUACAUUGGAGCUGCUGCGAAGACCAAAAAAGAAGCAGAAAUCAAAGCGGCACGGACAGCUCUCUUAGCAAUCCAGUCGAAUGCAUGCGCACCUGUAGUGAAUCCAGAUGGUCGGCCCCCUUACACUGUGGUCCCAUGCAAGAAGAAAGGGAGGGAGUCGGAUACACGCAGCGAAGCCACGAAACCUCUCAAACCAAAGAAGGGCGAAUUCAAGAAGAGAUGGAAGAGGAGAUUCCAUAGAAACCGGGGUGAGCGGUCGAAGAUGAACCAGAAUGAGCAAGGAAAUGUCGACAAGGAAAACGGAUCCGGGGCCCCCGAUUCAUUAAUGUCUGUGGCAAACGAGGAUUCUCAUAAUGCAGAAACUCAGGUGUUAGAUUUCAACCAAAAUGGACAAGGAAUCUGGAAUGGGGAAGGUGCAUCUGAUGUCCAAAUGAAGGAUUUGGAAAUUUCUUCAGUGGAGAAAAGUAAGUAUACCGAAAAUGGGAUGAUCGAAACUGCUAAAUUUGGCCAAAAUGGACCAGGAAUGGGUAAUGGGGGAGAUAUUGGUGGGACCCAAAUCCCGGAUUUGGCUGUCUCGGUCUUGGGGAUGGUGACAAACAAGGUUUCGCAAGAUGGGUAUAAACCGUUGGAAGUAGGACGAGCAGAACAAGAGGGAGGUGUGGCUCAGAUCUCACAUGAUGGGUACGACCCAGUGGCAUCUUGGCACAUCAAACAAGAAGGGCAAUUGAGGGCCCAGAUCUCUCAAGAUGAGCACCCAUGGAUGGAGUUCGACGUGUCCCAACCAGCCUCAGAAGAGUAUGUGGAUGCAACGAGUGUCACUCUCACACGGGAAGAUGGGAAUGGGAUUUCGACGGCCGUCAACAACAAUGAAUGGUGACACCCGCUAACCGUCGAAAGUGAAAUUCUCGUUGUUGCAGUGUAGAUAUCGGUCGCUUUGAUGGGCGAUGCCGAUUCGGCUUAAAUGGGUCAGCAUCAUUUACACAGUAAGAUUAAUACAUCUAUACCAUUCUCGUAUUGUCCUUACAUUGAUCAACGGUUUUGAGUGCGGCUGGAGCUAGAACAGUGGGCCCCACAAGGGUGUAUUCAGUUAAAGUUGAUGAGAACUGUUUUAAGUUAUAGAUGAUGAUCAUGAUAGUGAUGGUUUUUAUUGGUUAGACAAUGCAAGACUAUUGGUUGUGUUUGGGUUUAGAAGAAUUAAUGAUCGAUAGUCGAUAAUUAGUUUGAUUAUA